UUUGCGGAGAACAAUAAUUAGAGUUUUGUCAAUUAGUUUCAGAUCCCGAUUCUUCCCUCACUGGUCGGGUAUCUCGACCUUGUCUUCAUCCCAGAGUAGUGCUAAAGAGAGUGAAAUGGAACAGCUAUCUUCUAAUAACACUGUCUCCACGGCCAUCAUAACCAUCUCACUCAUCAUCAUUGUCAUCGCCAUCACAUCAGUUAUAGCAAUAUGGCAAUACCCUAAGUUCGUCUCAAGAAAUCUUCAACAAUUCCCUACAAAUAAAGGCUUCUGUUUCAAGACACUUCAUGAGCGUGAGGUUGAUAAUGAAGGGGAGCAACUCCAGAGUCAGGAACGACAAUCAGAGCAGCUUCUGUCACAUGGUCAGCGUUGGGGUGCUAAACAACGUUGUAAUGCAUUUGGCAGCAAAGGCUCCAACCUUAUAAGCAUUGUAAAUGAUUCCUCUCCUUCUUUUCUGGAACUUCACCAUGCUUACACUCUCUUGUCACUGGGAGUCAAGAAAGGCCAUUUAAUUCUAAAAAAAAUUCAAUUGUCACUUCAACAAGUUGAAACAAUAAGCCAAAACUAAUUCUGAUAUCUCAGAAUUGCCAUAUUUCGUAAAAUUUAUAUGUCAAAAGAUAUUUACAUAGCAAAGAUACUUAUAUGGUAGUGCU